AUGGCUAAUCAAAUGUAUGCGAAGCGGCAUGCGCCAGGGAAAGGUUUAGGUCUCAUUGCGACCAUAGAUAUUCCCAGGGGCACACGAAUUAUCUCUGAGUCUGCAUUGAUAUUAGGACCUGAAUUACUCGGAGAUGAUCUUCGACCUUGCAUAUCAAGACAAUUGUCUGCUCUAACUAGUCAACAGCAACAGGAUUGCUUUUCUUUCGGUUAUAUGCACCAGUGCACAAAUGAAUCCGAACGGCUAUGUGCGAUUUUCAACACAAACUGUCUGCCUUUGGAGGGAGCUUAUAUUUUAGAAACGGGCAAUCCAGGGGCAUCUCAAAACCGACACAGAAGAGGCGGGCUUUUUCCUAAUGCAUGUCGUAUCAACCAUGCCUGUGAUCGAAACGCGGGAGUGCACUGGAUUGAGAGUAGCCAACAAAUCGCCGUCACAGCUCUGAAAAACAUCUGCAAAGAUGAGGAAAUUACAAUAAACUACCUGGGUCUCAAUAAAAUACGCAGAGCUCGGUGUGCGAGUCUCCAGAGAGAUUUCGGGUUUAACUGUUCAUGUGGUCUCUGCUCCUUGCCCGAAAUGGAGAGCAAGAACAUUGAUAGACAACUGAGUGAAAUACCCAAACUGUCGUCAUUCAUUUUUGGUCGUAUUACAGCGAGCAGACGUGAAGGACCAUUACGGGAACUUCAUGAAUUUGAUCAACUAGUCCGUCUUUAUAAUGAGCAGGAAACCAGGAUUGCGGACAUGGGGCGAAUCUAUGUGGCUAUCGCUGAGAGGGUUCUCAAGCAAAGCGACUUAGCCAGAGGAAAGAUUUCCGCGGAGAGGGCAAUAUCUGACUUUAGAAUGGUCUAUGGCAGUGACUGUAUGGAAAUACAAAAAUGGAGGUACCUAGUUGACAAACCUACUGAAUACGAACUGUUUGGGCAUUCAACGGCAUGGAAAACAACAGUCGACGAAAUACCCACCGAUUUUUCUCCAGAGAAAUUUGAAGCCUGGCUUUGGAGAAGAGAGCGAGUGUAUUCUAUGGAAGAGAUAGUCGACUUUCGAAGCCGCGACGUUUUUCCACCAAUCAUUCACUUGCCCUUCUCAAACAAUAGCGACUACUACGAGACUAACGAAGAUUCUUGUUCCAGGGCACGAAAUCAUUGGUGUUUCUUUGGAGAGAUUACUCACACAACCAAGUUUGGAAAAUCAUCCUUGGCAGUUAAAGACGUUGAUGGCAAAGAGAUCAAGCUUGCAUUCGGAACCGAGGAGAGGGGAAGAGAAUUACCACCAAAUAGAGUUGUGAAAGGAUGCACAGUUGCGAUUAUCAACGCAAAACCAUACGAGUUUCCAAUCGAGGAUGAAAGAUAUGGUGGAAAGAUUGGCAUUAUUCAUGAUGAUGAACUUUGUUUGAGGGUAAUGUGCUUAAUAUUUAUAUAUCUCUGUAGCCCUUUUAGCUGUGCACCGCUAACUAUCUGCAACAACGAAUUAGAUCUUCAGGCUUUCUUUGAAAGAGCUAUUCGCGUUGAACGAUCAGAUUCAAGUGUUUUCCACAGAAACGAAUGGUCUAAGAAUGUGUCAUGGAUGUCAGAAGAGAUCAGCCUCGCUGUUUAG